UAUGGGUAUAUAUAUGCAUAGAGAUCAACACAAGUUUAGAGCUUAUCAUCACUUCUCAUAAUUAACAUUUACAACUUAAAAAGAAACACCCAAAUGAGAGUUAUCUUCGUCGCCUUGCUCUUCUUCUUCUCUGUGUUCUUUGUUGUACUCAGUAGAGGACAGAACAAAAAAACAGAAGUCAAUGUGGGUAUUGUAACAGAUGUCGGGAUGAUGCAUUCAGACAUUGAAAUGCUCUGCAUCAACAUGUCUCUUGCAGAUUUCUACUCUUCUCGUCCCCAUUUUCGGACAAGGAUUGUCGUCAAUGUCGGCGACUCAAAAAAGGACGUUGUAGGUGCUGCAGCUGCAGGUCUUGAGCUGCUCAAGAACAAUGAAGUGAAAGCGAUUUUGGGGCCAUGGAGUUCAAUGCAAGCUCAUUUCUUAAUCGAGAUUGGCCAAAAAUCCCGGGUUCCGGUUGUUUCUUACUCUGCAACAAGCCCAUUUCUUACUUCUCUUCGUAGUCCAUACUUCUUUCGUGCUACAUACGAAGACUCCUUUCAAGUGUACACCAUAAGAGCUAUCAUCAAGUUGUUUGGUUGGAGGGAAGCCGUGCCUGUUUAUAUCGACAACAGCUUUGGAGAAGGUAUAAUGCCUCGUCUCACCGAUGCAUUACAAGAGAUUAAUGUUCGAAUACCUUACAGAUCUGUCAUUGCGUCCAAUGCCACAGAUCAUGAAAUCUCUGUGGAGCUUCUUAAGAUGAUGACUAUGCCCACAAGAGUGUUCAUUGUACACAUGUACUCUUCUCUUGCCUCAAGAGUCUUCAUUAAAGCUAGGGAAAUUGGUUUGAUGAAACCAGGAUAUGUCUGGAUCCUUACCAAUGGCGUAACCGAUGAAUUGAAUUGGAUAAGUGAGACAGGUAUUGAGGCUAUGGAGGGGGUAUUGGGUGUUAAAACUUAUAUUCAGAAAUCCAGAGAACUUGAAAAUUUUAGAUCUCGAUGGAGGAAGAAAUUUUCACGGAUGGAGCUGAAUGUCUAUGGAUUGUGGGCUUAUGAUGCUAUCACCGCACUGGCGAUAGCCAUUGAAGAAGCUGGAACAAAUAACUUGACUUUCAGUAAUGUGGAUCUUGGAAGGAAUGUUUCUGAACUUGAAGUUCUUGCUUUAUCUCAAUAUGGUCCAAAGCUUCUCCAGACACUCUCAACAAUUCAGUUCAAAGGACUUGCAGGAGAUUUCCGUUUUAUCAAGGGACAACUGCAACCAUCGGUGUUUGAGAUUGUUAAUAUGAUUGGAAAUGGAGAAAGGUCGAUAGGAUUCUGGACCGAGGAAAAUGGUCUUGUAAAGAAACUAAACCAGCAACCGAAGAGCAUGAACGCUUUAUCUACUUGGAAAGACCAUCUUAAAAACAUUCUAUGGCCUGGAGAGGCUGAUUCUGUUCCCAAAGGAUGGGAGAUGCCGACAAAUGGGAAGAAGUUGCGCAUUGGGGUUCCAAAGAGAACCGGUUACACCGAUCUUGUGAAAGUCACAAGGGAUCCUAUCACCAAUUCACCAGUAGUCACAGGUUUCUGCAUUGAUUUCUUUGAGGCUGUGAUUCGAGCAAUGCCUUAUGACGUUUCGUAUGAGUUCAUUCCGUUCGAGAAACCCAAUGGUAAACCAGCCGGUAAUUAUGAUGAUUUGGUCCACCAAGUGUACCUCGGGAGAUAUGAUGCUGUUGUGGGAGAUACAACCAUACUGGCGAACAGGUCCGCUUACGUCGACUUCACAUUCCCAUUCUUUAAAUCAGGCGUAGGAUUAAUCGCCCCCAUUAAAGACCAAGUGAAACGAGACAGUUUCACUUUCUUGAAACCUUUGUCAUGGAAUCUAUGGUUUACUUCCUUCGUCUUCUUCUUCCUUGUUGGAAUUACUGUUUGGGCUCUUGAACAUAGGGUUAACCCGGACUUCCGUGGACCUGCUAAUUACCAAGCUAGUACUAUCCUCUGGUUUGCCUUCUCUACCAUGGUUUUUGCUCCAAGAGAAAGAGUGUUUAGCUUCGGGGCUAGGUUCCUGGUUAUCGCAUGGUACUUCGUUGUUCUCGUGUUGACUCAGAGUUAUACAGCCAGUUUGGCAUCGCUUUUGACAUCACAACAACUUCAUCCAACCAUAACCAGCAUGAGUAGCUUGCUUGAGAGAGGAGAAACAGUGGGUUAUCAGAGAACAUCCUUCAUUCUUGGAAAGCUUAAAGAAACAGGUUUCUCACAAUCUAGCCUUGUUCCCUUUGACACCUCUGAAGAAUGCAACGAGCUUUUGAGGAAAGGAUCAGAAAAAGGCGGUGUGUCUGCAGCUUUCUUGGAAAUACCUUACUUGAGACUCUUCCUUGGACAAUAUUGCAACACUUAUAAAAUGGUUGAAGAACCCUUCAAUAUCGAUGGAUUUGGCUUCGUUUUUCCGAUCGGAUCACCUAUGGUGGCCGAUGUUUCAAGGGCUAUCUUAAAAGUAGCAGAGUCACCAAAGGCGAUGGAGCUUGAGCGCGCAUGGUUCAAGAAGAAAGAAGAACGUUGUCCAGACCCAGUCACUAAUCCAGAUCCAAAUCCAUCUUUUACCUCUCGGCAGCUCGGUGUAGACAGUUUCUGGCUUCUAUUUCUUGUUGUAUUUGUUGUGUGCAUUCUAACACUCGGAAAAUUCACAUUAUGUUUCCUUUGGAAGAGCAAAGGGAAUGAUUUGUGGGAAGAGUUUCAACAACCAGACAAUGAUUCCUACAUCAACAAGGUAGAGAAAUGUCCGUGUUCGUCGAGUGAGACACAUGCUUGAGAACAUUAGUCAAGCAACAAACUAGACAUGCAUCGGUUAAAACACAACUAACCAUUAUGUUUGAAUUUCUCAAGAUUCAUGUCCAAGAGACCAAGACUAUC